AUGGAGGUCGUUGAAAUGCAAACAACAACCACGAAAGAUGUUACACGAGAGUUGAUGAUCAUGUUCAGUCGGUACGGGAUUCCCUCUUUCUUGAAAGCUGACAAUGCACCGCAGAUAAGCUCGGAAUGUGAAGAAUUUCGGGAGUUCUGCUCAACUAAUGGCAUUAAGCUGCUGAAUACCAUCCCGUACUGGCCUCAAUCCAACGGAGAGGUUGAACGCCAAAAUCGCUCGAUCUUGAAGCGAUUACGCAUUUCACAGGAGCUCGGAAAAGAUUGGAGGAAUGAAUUACGACUGUACCUACUAACAUAUCAUUCUUCGAAGCAUCCAACCACGGGUAAAGCUCCAGGAGAGUUAAUGUUUGGUCGCCAACUUAAAAGCAAGCUCCUAACAAUUUCGAAUUUUUUGGAAGAUGAUGGAGUUCGUGAUAGAGAUGCUGCCAUCAAAGAAAAGGGGAAAGAGUACAGCGAUAAAAGACGGCAUGCUAAGGAAAGUGAGAUACAGCUAGGUGAUACCGUGCUCGCUAAACGGAUGCGCAAGGCAAACAAAUUGGAUACGGAUUUUGCUAACGAGGAGUUUGUUGUUAAGCGUAAAGAAGGAACGGAUACUGUUAUCCAGUCGAAGCUCACCGGUAAACAAUACAGACGCAGCGCAGCUCAUCUGAAAAGGAUUGCAGAACCCGAACCCGUUCAAGAUAAUCCAGACGAUGUUAUGGAUUCGCCAGAUGUUCCAGAUCCUAGGCCUACGAUAACCCAGUGUGAAGCUGAACCUGAAGCAGAAUCGCAAGACUCAACAGAUCAGCCUACAACUUCACGCAGAUCAUCAGCAAUGAAGCGAACGCGAAAUGCACCGAUGAAAUAUCAAGACUACGUGCCAUAUUGA